GCAUGUUGCUAAUGUAACACUCCAUAUCCAUCCUACUCCACCAUGGCUCCAACACAUGUCUCACUGAUCGCUGGACUAUUUCUCCUUCUCUCCUUUGACUGGUGUCUAUCGGUCAUUCCUCCUGAGGAGGAGGACGCCCGCUUCUGGAAUGUGAAGGGCAAAGAAGCCUUAUUAACUGCACUGGAGAUAAAACCUAAUCUGCACACGGCCAAAAACCUCAUCCUUUUCCUAGGAGAUGGUAUGGGAGUAACCACGGUGACAGCAGCAAGAAUUCUGAAAGGUCAAAUGGCAGGGAAAACAGGAGAGGAAACGUCUCUAGCCAUGGACACCUUCCCCUAUCUGGCUUUGUCCAAGACUUACAAUGUAGAUCAGCAGAUGCCUGACAGUGCUGGCACUGCCACAGCCUACCACUGUGGUGUGAAAGCUAACUAUGGCACCCUGGGGAUCACAGCAGCUGCCCGCCUUGGCAACUGUGCCAGUGUCAAAGGCACCGAGGUCAAGUCGGUCCUUCACCGUGCCAGGAUGGCAGGGAAAUCAGUGGGCAUCGUAACAACCACCCGUGUUCAGCACGCUUCCCCUGCUGCCAGCUACUGCCACUCUGCUGACAGAGGCUGGUACAGUGACAAGGAGCUAAAAGAGGAUAAUGUAGUAGGAGACUGCAAGGACAUCGCCUACCAGCUGGUGCACAACACUGAUAUCAAUGUAAUUCUGGGAGGGGGGCGGUCAUAUAUGCUCCCUCAAGAAACUCCUGAUCCCGAGGACAAAAGCCUUAAUGGAAGUCGCCUGGACAAAGUCAAUCUCAUUGAUGAGUGGCUUAAGAACAAGCAGAAUGCACAUUAUGUGUGGAACAAAUCACAGUUAGAUGCAGUGGACGAGGAAAAAACUGACUACUUAAUGGGACUCUUUGAGCCAAAGGACACAGACUAUGAGAUCUACCGAAACAAAGCGACUGACCCAUCUCUCACAGAAAUGGUAGAAAAGGCUAUCAAAAUCCUACGCAAGAACCCAAAGGGAUUCUACCUCUUUGUAGAAGGGGGGAGAAUCGACCAUGGUCAUCAUGGCAACAGCGCCAAGAGGGCACUCACCGAGGCUGUGGAGUUUGACAAUGCCAUCGCCAAGGCAGCGGAACUGACCAGUGUGAUGGACACCCUGUCAGUAGUCACAGCUGACCAUUCCCACGUCUUCUCCUUUGGAGGCUACUCUGCAAGAGGAAAUCCUGUUUUAGGAGUGUCACGAGUACUGGCUGAGGACAACAAGCCAUUCACAACUGCUCUGUAUGGAAAUGGCCCGGGAUAUGCAGUUGUUAAUGGCAGCCGACCAAACAUUAACAUAUCUUUAUCAGAUGCUGAUGACUACAAACAGCAAUCAGCAGUGCCACUGGGUUCUGAAACACAUGGCAUAGAAGAUGUAGCUAUCUUUGCCAAAGGCCCAAUGGCUCACCUCUUCCACGGAGUUCAGGAGCAGAGCUACAUUGCACAUGCCAUGGCCUAUGCUGCCUGCAUUGAGCCAUACACCAACUGCCCCGAGCUACUCCCAGCGCCAGACCAUGCUGGAUCCAUCCAGUGCAAUCUCCUGGUCCUUCUGUUGGGCUUACUGUCUUCUGUCCUAUAUCUGUUCUCUGUCUGAAACCACACACAUGCAGUGGAUAUCCAGUCUUCUUUUCUUGUCUUGCAAUGCAUACUGAUUGAUUGUGUUUAUUUAUAAUCAAAAUGGGCAUCGGUGUCCUUGCUUUACCAAAAUAUGUUUUCUUUUUAUAUCACACUACACUUGCAAUGGAUUUAAUUUAUUGUAUAACGAAAUAUGAUUCCUCUGUGAGGAGACUAAACAAUGUUAGCCAUGUUAGAUGACUCUAAUGUGCCUCUAUAUGGGCACUAGAGGAUAGCAUGCAAGAUUCAUGAUGUAUUAUACACAAACUCAAAAUAAUUUAUACAAUUAAAAAUGGUACAUGCCAGAACACAAAAAGAUUUUAUGCUUAACCUGUCAGUCAUCUAGUUAUUUAAAAUAAGUCACUGUUCCAAGCGCUGGCAAAAAUUAGUAUCUGCUAUCUACUCAGACCACUACAUCAUCUGCGACAGCAGGGUUUUAAAUAUUAUUCUGAGAGUUGAAAAUCAUUUCUAUUUCAGUUCUUGAUCAUCUAAGAAUCAAAUGCCUACUAUUUCCAAGUUUUGAUAUCACGUAUGAAGAAUAAGUCCAAAAGUGCAG